UCUCAUCAUAUACGUCACCGUGUUUACCCGGAAAUGAAAGCGCAUUCCAACAGCUGCUGUCAAAAUACAUUAUUUACCAAUUUCUGACCGUUUUUAAUCCAGCCAAAUGAUACAUUAACGUUUAAUCCGACUCUAGUCCACCUUCCCGGGAUGUACAGCGGACUCUUGCCCAAAGGUUUAACCGAAGACGACCUCAGUCCGGAUGAAGAGCAGGAUGUUGCUGAGGAGAAGAGGGAAGGAGAGAAGUGUCAGGUCUCUGCAGAAAAGUUGAGCUCUGCCGGGGAAAACACUACAGUGUCGCCGGGGGAAGAUCCGUCGACUCACAACGCGAGUGAUGGAAGCAGUAAUCCCGCGAGUAGCGGCAUGCCGGGUGUGUCCCAGGAGAUGUGGCAAAAAUUCCAGGAUCUACGGAAGAAGAAUGAUGAGAUGAAAUCAACGAAGGACCCCAGACGAAGAAAUAAAAGAAGACGACUUAAGAAAGGUCAAUUAACAGGAACAGAGAGUCAGCAACCCACACAGACAAGCAGAGAGCGUCUGGAGGAGCGGGAGAAGCACUGGAAUGAUCUUGAGCAGCACUUUGGUGCAAACGAUCGAUUUGAUCCCCCCGCGUGUUCCAAACCUCCUCCGAAGUCCGGCCUAGAAAAGAGCAUGGAGACGGCCAUAGCUGAAGGGGACAUUGCAAAGGCGGAGGAGAUGAGCGACAGACUCGCCACUCGAGAGGUGUCACACACGGAUCCGCUUCCCUCUUCUCCUUCCAUUGUAGUCGUGAUGCAGCAUCACUGAGGUAGAAGAACCCACUGAAGGGGCGUACUGCACUCUGGAUGGUCUUUGGCUGGUGGACCCGCCUCCAGACCCUGUUUAAACCGAGAAUGACCCGAUCAGACCAAACCGUUUGAAAAGGGCUCCCCCCUAAUUGUUGGAUCACUUAAUAAACCGCACUUAAGCCGAUGAAUAUGCAUUAACUGGAGGCAUUUAUGCUUUCUUUGGUGUUUGAACUGGUUAUAAUAUCCCUUCAUUAUGUCCCGGCUCGUAUUUCAAUAGGAGCGGCGGCUGAAAGGAAAAGCCCCACUGUCCUUGAAAUCUACCCUUUGGAAAGCCUCGCCUAAAUGCUGUGAAACAAAGGUGUCGCGGCGUUUUGUCGGAGGAGACAUGGUGGCUUAGUCAAAACAAAGAGCUGAACUAAGAGUGUUUCAUGAUAUUUAUAUUCUUUAGCACCUUUCGCUUCUCUUCUCCUCGCCACCUUCUCCCUGCCGUGCCCCGUGUUUGUAAUCAAAGAAUUAAUGAGCGCCGCCUUUGUGGAAAGUGAGAUUUAUCAGAUUCUGACUCCCUCCG